GUUAACACUUUUCUUAUUAUAGUUAAAACAUGUACUGUUCCAACAAUACUACCUAACAGGUUCAUUAACCCAUUUCCAAACACGGAUGGUCUAUACACCAUAAAUACAACGAUAACAUUUACCUGCAAACAGAAUUUUACUUUAAUUGGUGUAAGAACGAUGAAGUGUCUUGGAAAUAACAGAUGGGCGGAGACUGGAACCCCCGUUUGCCUAAGUGACUCUUACAUGUACGAAUUUGCGUUAAAGAAGAUUCAUGAAGAAACAGCAAACAGUUGCUCUUUACCGGCAAAAUUAGCGAACGGCUAUAUCAAACCAAAGCCCAACAAAGAUGGCCGAUUUCACAUUGGAACUAGAGUAACGUCUUCAUGUAAGGAGGGUUACACUUUAAAAGGUGCUCAUACCAUGGUGUGUAAAGGAAAUGAUACAUGGACGGAAGAUGAGAAUGUAUUCUGUCUCGAAGAUGGGUACAUCGAAAGUUUAUUGGUCAGAAGAAAUGGUAAUUAUAUUUGGAGUAAAGUACUCUCAAACCCGCAGCAUGAUGCAGUGAAAUGUUAA